AUGACGACUACAGCUGCUCCUACAACAACCACGCUGUGGGUACGAAAAGAAGAGCUGAGGCAAGAAAAAACAAAGCUGCACCCACAACAACCACAGCUGCGGAUACGCAGAGAAUUGCAGCUACAACAACAACAAGAGCUGCAGCAACAACAACCGAAGUGCUGGCCUCAACAACCACAUCUGCUCCAACAACAACCACAGAAUCUCCCACAACAACCACAGUUGCAGUUACAACCACCACAGCUGCAGCAACAACAACUGAAGUGCUGGCCUCAACAACCACAGCUGCUCCAACAACUUCCACAGUUUCAGCAACAACAACCACUGCUGCAGCAACAACAACCGAAGGGCUGUCCUCAACAACCACGGCUGCUCCAACAACAACCACAGCUGCACAAACUACAAAAACAGCUUCUCCAUCAACAACCACAGCUUCUCCCACAACAACCACAUCUUCUCCCACAACAACUACAGCUUCUCCCACAACAACCACAGCUCCUACCACAACAACCACAGCUUAUCCCACAACAACCACAGUUGCAGCUACAACAACAAGAGCUGCAGCAACAACAACCGAAGUGCUGGCCUCAACAACCACAUCUGCUCCAACAACAAGCACAGCUGCACAAACUACAACAACAGCUUCUCCCUCAACAACCACAGCUUCUCCCACAACAACCACAUCUUCUCCCACAACAACCACAGCUUCUCCCACAACAACCACAGCUCCUACCACAACAACCACAGCUUAUCCCACAACAACCACAGUUGCAGCUACAACAACAAGAGCUGCAGCAACAACAACCGAAGUGCUGGCCUCAACAACCACAUCUGCUCCAACAACAACCACAGCUGCACAAACGACAACCAAAGCUUCUCCCACAACAACCACAGCUUCUCCCACAACAUUCACAACUUCUCACACAACAACCACAACUUCUCCCACAACAACCACAGAAUCUCCCACAACAACCACAGUUGCAGCUAUAACCACCACAGCUGCAGCAACAACAACCGAAGUGCUGGCCUCAACAACCACAGCUGCUCCAACAACAACCACAGCUGCACAAACUACAACAACAGCUUCUCACACAACAACCACAGCUUCUCCCACAACAACCACAGCUUCUCCCACAACAACCACAGC